AUGUAAAUGCUUACCCUAUUUAAUGAUAAAGAAAAUUAAAACAAUUUAGUAAUAAUUGAAUAUGGUUAUAUUAUAUUCAUGUAUGAGCCCGCGCAUCUGCUCAUUCUUCUUCUUCCGGAAAGCCCCUCCAAGCCGCCGGCACCAGCCUUUGAGAAAACCGGAAAGCUUCCGGAUCUGCCUUGCUCCUUCCUUCCUCACCGCCGGCUGCUCUUGAUUGUGGGUGAUUUCUGGGCAUUUUUUCGAUCCCCCUAAAUUCCCCUGCACUGCCGCCGGCUUCACCCCCCUGCUAGGUCCGGUUUGCAGCUGGAAAAUCUGGGAACGAAGUCAAGGACGGGGAAAAACGAGGGGAGUGACGUGUUAAAAGGCUAGCCGUUUUGUAAAUUGAAUACAGAUUUUAGAUAUAGAUCAUGAUCUUGUAAGUUAAACUGUAUUUGGAGAUUUUAUGAUAUCAGAGAAAAUUUAAAAUAUUAUAUUCAGAUUUUGGUAGUAUCAGAUUGUAGUAUG